GGCAAACAACAACAACCCUUUCAACCUGCGUUACAUCUUGGAAAACAACAAGUUAUCCGGGACCAACUUUUCUUGACUGGGAGAUGAACCUUCGAAUCGUUCUUAACUGUGAGAGGAAACUCUAUAUCCUCGAAACGGAUCCUCCCAAGACCCCUGAUGCUAAUGCUCGUGCAUCCAAACUCACUUCCUUCAAGAAGUAUGAGGACGACGCGCGAGAUGUAAAGUGUAUCAUUAUGGCCAGUAUGACCGCGGAGCUCCAAAGGCUCCAUGCGGACAUGGAAGUGCGUCCUAUGAUACAAUGCUUAAGAGACCAUUACCAAGGUCAGCCCCAAAACUAACUCAGGAAUUUACGUUAUCGAAGUCAAUAUGUCUGAUAUCACCUCUUGGGUGAUGGAUACUGGAUGUGGUUUUCACAUCUGUACUUCUAUGCAGAACUUGCAUGAAUGUAGACAAUUGACGGAGGGAGAGAUACAACUAAAAGUCGGCAAUGGCGCACUCGUCUAUGCAUUGGCCGUCGGAACCUAUAGUUUAUCUCUACCUAGUGGUCUAAUAUUGCAUUUGAAUAAUUGUCUGUUUGUACCUAGUAUGAGCAGAAACAUCAUUUCUGUAUCCUGCCUUG